GCAACUGGCUGCUUGGGUCCAUCCACACCUCCUCACCUCCAUCCCACUUUCACUACAGGAAACAUUUUUGAAAGUUUAAUGUGACUUCACUAAGGCUCAUGCGCGAAGCGUAGCGCCUCUUUAGCCCAAGGACCUCGCCUACGGGAAGUUGUCAUUUUUACCAGCAAUCCAUCACAUCCCUUUUAACCUGGUUUUCUUUUGCACAAAGUGGAGACAUCUUUUUCACGUUAUUUUUGUUAUAAAUUUAAGCCAAUGGCUGACAACGGCCUGGGUGAAAUACCUAAGAAGUGCCCCCACUGUGCGUCGUCUCAGGCCGACCUGCUUUGUGUGUGUUCAGCAGUUAAUGCUCCCGUUUUGGUGGUGGAAAUGUCACAGACAUCGAGUAUUGGUAGUGCAGACAUUUUUGCUUCACAAGAGAGAAGAAAAGAAAAAAGUGCUAGCAGGGAACCUUCCAUGAAAGACUUGUCCACAAGAUUAAAUGUGGAGAGAAAGGCUUCUCAGCCCCAGUGGAGUCGGAGCAACGUCACAGAAGGAAAAGUUCCACACAUACGAAUGGAGAAUGGAGCCGAUAUCGAGGAAUUCUAUACCUUCGGAAGAAUAUUGGGACAGGGGAGCUUUGGAAUGGUCAGUGAAGCUACAGACAAGGAAACAGGAGCUAAGUGGGCAAUUAAAAAAGUGAAUAAAGAAAAGGCUGGAAGCUCCGCGGUGAAGCUACUGGAGCGGGAGGUGAACAUCCUAAAGAGUGUCAAACACAAACACAUCAUCCAUCUGGAGCAGGUGUUUGAGACGCCCAAGCAAAUGUACCUUGUGAUGGAGCUUUGUGAGGAUGGAGAACUCAAAGAAGUUCUGGAUGCCAAAGGGCACUUCUCAGAGAACGAGACAAGGCUGAUAAUUCAGAGCCUUGCGUCCGCUAUCGCCUACCUUCAUAACAAGGAUAUAGUGCACAGAGAUCUAAAGCUGGAAAACAUAAUGGUUAAAAGCAGCUUUUUGGACGAUAACAAUGAAAUGAACUUAAACAUAAAGGUGACUGAUUUCGGCUUGGCGGUUAGGAAGCAUGGCUCCAGGAGCGAAGGCAUGAUGCAGACCACGUGUGGCACUCCUAUCUAUAUGGCGCCAGAGGUUAUCAAUGCCCAUGAGUACAGCCAGCAGUGCGACAUUUGGAGCAUAGGUGUCAUAAUGUACCUUUUACUGUGUGGAGAGCCACCCUUCUUGGCAAACUCGGAGGAAAAGCUCUUUGAGUUAAUAAGAAAGGGAGAGCUACAAUUCGAAGAUCCCGUCUGGGAUUCCGUAAGUGAUUCUGCAAAAAACGUUCUGAAGCAACUUAUGAAAGUAGAUCCUGCUCACAGAAUCACAGCUAAGGAACUUCUGGAUAACCAGUGGUUGACAGGCAAUACAUUUUCUUCAGUGAGACCAACCAAUGUAUUAGAAAUGAUGAAAGAAUGGAAAAAUAACCCUGAAAGUGAUGAAGACACCACGACAGCUGAGAAGAUAAAGCAGCCUGAGAAAGAAAAGUUGAAAAGUGGCCAAGUCAGGGGAAAGGUCCCUGAUGCCAAUAACAGUCCAUCUGCAAAGGCGGCAAAGCAGCCCACCACUGCUGCCAAGAAGCUAGAUGUAGAUGACGCUGACACGAGCUACUCAAACUCAACAUCCAGCAAACUACUUUCUGCCGAACUCAAAGCAGAACCCGAGAAGAGCUCCGGGACUGCGAACCAGGCAGUGGCGGCUAAGGGCACCAUGAAAACCUCUUCCUUUUUGCGAGGCAAGAAGAAACUCUAGGGUUCUGCCCAAUGUUGCUCAACGCAAGACCAGACCACUCCUCCAGUACUGAAGGGAGGGGACAGGAGGGGACAGUGGACAGCAUGGCACUGAGCUUUUAGCCUUUGGUUCUGCUUAGCCCUGCAUGGGUUACACCACUUUAAAAUUGAAGCUAGUUACUAAAGCAUCAUAACUGCAUGGGGCACUGAAGGACAGCGUGGGUGUGCGUGGGGCAGGCUGCAGCUCUCGCCAGCUCCAGGGUUCCAGGGUUAAGGGACAAGUGCUCUCAGUGCAAGCCUGGGGCCAUACUUGCUCAGUUCUACUCAAAUUCUUAUAUUUAGGCACAAUUAUUUAUAAGGGAAAACAAGAGGCCAGAUACAGUGAUGGAGGUUCUAAUGAUUGUGAGCACUCGGCACUAGGAG